GCGCGCACUCACACUUCCUCGCGGCGCGCGGCUCCCGGGCGGUAUGGACGCGGCGCUGCUCUACAGCCUGCUGGAGGCCAACUGCAGCCUGGCGCUGGCCGAAGAGCUGCUCUUGGACGGCUGGGGGCUGCCCCUGGACCCCGAGGGUCCCUACUCCUACUGCAACACGACCUUGGACCAGAUCGGGACGUGCUGGCCCCGGAGCGCGGCCGGAGCCCUGGUGGAGAGGCCGUGUCCUGAGUACUUCAACGGCGUCAAGUACAACACGACCCGUGAGUGCCCCCCGAUCCUCCGCCGCGGGCUCUGCGCCCGACGCCCGGAAGAGCGGUUUAGGGAGCGGGCACGGCUCCGGACCCGGCGUCGGAGACCUGCUGAGGGCCGGCGGCGUCCCCUACCCUACUGUAGCCUCAGAGCUCAGUAA